CGCGGUGCCCCGGGGAGGGAGCGGGUCCCGGCCGGCCGCCGGCCCGCUGCGAUGCCCGAGGACAGAAGCGCCUCCGGGUGCGCUGGACAGCGGGAAGCGAGACUUUGAGCCCUACGCAGGCCUCUGGGUGCUUGAGCCGAAAGUGGGCACUCUGGUUGGAGACGGUCAACAGGUGCCAUGCGGCUGCACAGUGGGACGCAGCCCUGCCUCGGGCACCUGAAGACAGAACUCUGAGCAGGUGACUUCAUGGUGGAGAAGACCCCGCCCACGUUGAGGGAUGGCAGGCGUCCGACCUCCGAUCAUGAAUGGGCCCAUGCACCCCCGGCCCCUGGUGGCCCUGCUCGACGGCCGCGACUGCACUGUGGAGAUGCCCAUCCUGAAGGACGUGGCCACCGUGGCCUUCUGUGAUGCACAGUCCACGCAGGAGAUCCACGAGAAGGUGCUGAACGAGGCCGUGGGUGCCCUCAUGUACCACACGAUCACACUGACUCGUGAGGACCUGGAGAAGUUCAAGGCCCUGCGCAUCAUUGUGCGCAUCGGCAGUGGCUUUGACAACAUUGACAUCAAGUCAGCCGGAGACCUGGGCAUCGCCGUCUGCAAUGUGCCCGCGGCGUCUGUGGAGGAGACCGCAGACUCAACCAUGUGCCACAUCCUGAACCUGUACCGCCGGACCACCUGGCUGCACCAGGCACUGCGUGAGGGCACACGUGUGCAGAGCGUGGAGCAGAUCCGCGAGGUGGCCUCUGGGGCUGCCCGGAUUCGUGGGGAGACCCUGGGCAUCAUCGGACUAGGCCGUGUGGGGCAGGCGGUUGCGCUGCGGGCGAAGGCGUUUGGCUUCAACGUGCUCUUCUAUGACCCAUACCUGCCCGACGGUGUGGAGCGGGCACUGGGGCUGCAGCGCGUGAACACCCUACAGGACCUGCUGUUCCAUAGUGACUGUGUGACGCUGCACUGUGGCCUCAACGAGCACAACCACCACCUCAUCAACGACUUUACCGUGAAGCAGAUGAGACAAGGCGCCUUCCUGGUGAACACGGCCCGGGGUGGGCUGGUGGAUGAGAAGGCCCUGGCGCAGGCGCUGAAGGAGGGACGGAUCCGCGGCGCGGCGCUGGACGUGCAUGAAUCGGAGCCCUUCAGCUUUAGCCAGGGUCCACUGAAGGAUGCGCCCAACCUCAUCUGCACUCCCCACGCUGCGUGGUACAGUGAGCAGGCCUCCAUUGAGAUGCGCGAGGAGGCAGCCCGCGAGAUCCGCCGGGCCAUCACAGGCCGCAUCCCGGACAGCCUGAAGAACUGUGUCAACAAGGACCACCUGACAGCGGCCACCCACUGGGCCAGCAUGGACCCUGCCGUGGUGCACCCCGAGCUCAAUGGGGCUGCCUAUAGCAGGUACCCUCCAGGUGUGGUGGGUGUGGCCCCCACGGGCAUCCCAGCUGCAGUGGAAGGCAUUGUCCCCAGCGCCAUGUCCCUGUCCCAUGGCCUGCCCCCCGUGGCCCACCCACCCCACGCCCCUUCUCCUGGCCAAACUGUCAAGCCCGAGGCGGACAGAGACCACGCGAGCGAGCAGUUGUAGCCGGGGAGCUGUGAGGCCCCAGGCUGGCGCCUGCAGGGACGGUUCCCUGGUAGUGAUCGCGGUUUGGACCUGCUGGACAGCCUGGCUCCCUGUGCCCACCCGCUGCCUGCCCAGGCUGGCCACUGCCCCGUGUCCGCCGCGUUCCCUUUUAAACAGCAGAAAUUAGUAGUUGGCUCCCAUGGAUGUUCCUGUCUGUGCACAGUUGUUAGAACAUUUCAGAAGAUGUGUUUGCCCCGCCCGGCCUGGCCUGGCACGCCCGGCGGGCAGCUGGCAGACUUCUCAGGACAAUGGACCCUCCCCGUCUUUCUGUUGAUGCCACACAGUGCAUUGUUUUUCUACCUGCUUGUCUUAUUUUUAGAGUAAUGUAGAGAGACAACUGAGGCUGUUCCUCCCCAUUUUGGCAUGACCCCCCCGUCCCAGAUGAAGGUGGCCCGCAGAGUGGUUCGGACCAGUGGCCACGAGUGCCGAGCCGGGCGGUGCCGUCCUGCUGAUGUGGUAGCCUAGCAACGUUUGGGUUUAAAUCAUGUUUGUGACUGUAAGCAUUUGUAUGAAUUAUUUUAAAGAAAUAAAAACCCCAGAAAGAGCCGUAA